CUCUGAUCUUUUUCCACAUCCCUCUCGCGCGCGCAUUAUAUCGCCGUGCUUGAAGCCAGCCAAGAACAGGUGUUGGCGUGUUGCUAUAUACACUACUGCGUACGGAUUGGUCGAUCGAGCCGCCGCGGACCGCUGUGUCGCAUGCAUAGCUUGGUGGAGACCGGCUGCGGCAUGGCGUCGUUCAGCGACGUCGAAGCGCUGCCGGAGACUGGGGAGGUCGAUCACCAGGCCAAAGAAUGCGAAGCUGAAACCGCCGUGACGGAAGAGAACUUGGCGACGCUGCAGGAGCAGCAUGAUGACAAGGCGCCCGUGCCUUAUCACCAAGAGGUAUUUGCACCCGAGCACGCCGGAGAGGCACCGGCGCCAGAGGAACACGGGGACGAGAAGGACCUGCAGGUGGCGGAGCCCAAGGCAGCGGCAGAUGAUCAGGAGAGCACGCGAGACAGGCUGAAGCGGCACAGGCGGGAGAUGGCGGGGAGGGUGUGGGUCCCGGAGACGUGGGGGCAGGAGAAGCUGCUCAAGGACUGGGUGGACUGCGCCGUCUUCGACCGCCCCAUGGUGCCGAUGGGGCUGCUGACGGCGCGCCGAGCGCUCAUCGCCGAGUGCUGCACACGCCGCCCGGACCGAGCGGCGUCGUCGUCGUCUUCCACCAGCAGCUCCAACCCGCUCCGGGUGCGGAACGGCUGCUCCUGAUCGGGUGCUCUCCUCUCCUUCAGACCUCCGCCUCCCAUCAGCGAGCUAGGCUGAAUCAGCAAGCCUUCUUUUAUUUUCUGCUCAAAUAAUGCAUCCUUCUUGUUCGUUGAGUUGUGACAAGUUCUAGUCUCUUGUUUAGCUAGCUUCUGAACAAGCAGGUGAAAUUACAUAUACGAACUUGAUUGGCUUAAACGACACCGUCAAUAAUUCUGAGAUAAUUAAAGAUCUCUGUUCGACGAAUCGAUGAAUGCAAAGUUAUGUUCAUAAGUUGCACAA